AUGGUUAGCCGACGUGUAAUUGUUGACGUGGAUACUGGCGUGGAUGACUACCUGGCUCUUUUAAUCCUUUUUUAUGCUGAAAAACUCAACUUGAUUAAAAUCGAAGCAAUAACUUGUACAUAUGGCAAUACGAGUCUUAACAAUGUCUGUAAAAACACUUUGCGGUUGUUGGAAAUUCUUCAACGAAGAGAUAUUCCAGUUUUAAAGGGGUGUGACGAUCAAGCGUUGAUUCCGCACGAGCGUAACCUUCCUACAUAUUUUGGUGCCGAUGGAUUUGGUGGGUUAAAUGUUGAUUUUGAACCUCAACAAUCUGUAGGUGAAAUGUCUGCUUCAGUAGGGAUGUGUGAUAUCGUGCUAAAACAUAGAAAUAAAGUUUCUAUCAUAUGUCUUGGUCCUUUAACGAAUUUAGCCGUGGCGUUAAGACUCUAUUCAAGUUUUGCGUCAAACAUCAGGGAUAUAUGGAUUAUGGGAGGCAAUUAUUCUGGCAAUGAGAGCAACUAUUCUGUCAAGCCAGAAUUUAACUUCGGGACUGAUCCCGAAGCUGCCCAUAUCGUACUAAAAUGUGCAAAAUGCCCAAUUUAUUUAUUACCAUGGGAAACUUGUUUGAAGCAGUCUGUUACGAUGGAAUGGAGAAACACGCUACAUUGUUCGAAUCUAGCAAUGGAAUUACUCACAAAAGCGGAAAAGCAGGUGAUUAAUGAAAGUGAAAUGUAUUAUUUGCCAUGUGACGCUUUUUUAACAUUCGCAUUUUUGAAUGCUGAAAAACAUGUUAGUGAUAUAAUCGCUCACAGCGCUGCUGUAGAAGUCCGCGAUGAUUCGAAAAGAGGACAAGUUAUUAUUCAAGAUAAUAAAGUAGCAGAAUCAAAAAACGUUCUUUUUAUUACUGGAAUAAACGAGAAACUUUUCAAAAAAUUUAUCGAGGAACUUGAUCAAGAGCUAUAAGUUUA